AUGGGUGACCCUCCACCAUCACCUCCAUCACGGCCUGCAUCGACCGGAGGUAAGCCUCCUGUCAAGAUCAGAUGUUGGAUGGUCACUGAAGAGGCCCCUUCCCACGACGGCACACUCUGUUGCUCAGCCUGGGAAGCCCGUGAAGACUGGGUUAACCCAGAGCCCGUCAAACGACCCAAAUGGGGAAUCCAAAUAUACGACACACGAUCUAAUAGCGGAAAGAGUAUGAAGCAAAUCAAGAAGCUGGCACUCAAGAUAUACGAGGACACAUGGGACGAACGGAGCGCCAUGGGCCGUGAGACGCUUGAUAGAAUCGACCUCUAUGGCCUAGCCAUGCCGGACGGCACUUCGCCAGCUGAGCGCGCAGAACGGUGCAGAGCACACAACGCCAAGGAAAUUGCUGCGAGAAAUGCGUCAGGAAACGGCGACUUUUACAUCCCCCAGAUGGAUUGCGGGUUUCCUGGGUCAGGCCGGCGCUCCCUAUUGGUCAUUGAUAGGCCAGAAGCUGAGUGGGAUGAGCCUGAUGAAGGUGGGUUCCUGGAAGUUCGGUGGGAUCCAGAGGUCAGCAAGGACAACACCGGCGACAUUGCUGAGUCUUCACUGCUGGAAAGACCGGAGGACAAAAUCAAGUUUUACCGUUACGGAUAUACGGAUGAAGUGCCAGGAGUCAUGCAGAACAUGAGGGACGGUGUCGAGUGGUUUGAUAUGAAUUACGUCGAUUCGGGUCUGUUGGACGAAGAGUUGAGACAGGCUGUCGAGAAAGCCUCUGAGAAUUGA